GUCAAAGUUCAUACUCUUCCACCUGACAGUCGAGCUCAGAUACUGAUGCCUCUCAGGCCUCAGCCUCCUCUAUAAGAACCACCCACUCUCCCGUUCUACACUCCGGCUCACACAUCAUCACCUCUCGACGACAAUCAUAUCCAGCCGCCAAGACAACACGUAUGAACUAACAGCACCGAAGAGUGAGCGAGCGAGCAAGGUGCCUGCGGCACGCAGCGGUGAGGGAGUGAGCUAGCGAGAGCUUAGCUGCGAUGGAGGGCAUCAUGUCGGAAGAGAAGUGCGCCCUGGUGUCGGAGCUGGUGCGGGUGCUGGAGAUGGUGAGGCAGCUCGAGGAGCACAUGGCGGGCCAGCAGCAGCAGGGCGGUGUCGGCGGCGCGGCGGCCGGAGGGGACCUGCGGUGCCGGGCGCUCGUGUGCACCAUGCGCGACUCCAUCGACCGGGCCGUGCACAUGGCCAUGUCGUCCUGCGCCGACGGACGUGGCGGGCAGCCAGAGUCGCCGCCGUCGGGUGGGGAUGGCAGCCCGCGCAGCGCCGGGUCGGACCAGGGCGGCGACUUCCGGGGCCGCGGCAAUGCGGCAGGCCAGUGCAAGAAGAGGAAGACGCUUCCCAAAAGGAGCACCCAGGUGAGGGUGAGCGCCGUCCACGUCACCCCCCUCGACGACGGCCUCAGCUGGAGGAAGUAUGGCCAGAAGGACAUCCUCGGCGCCAAGUACCCAAGAGCCUACUUCCGGUGCACGCACCGGCACACGCAGAGCUGCCACGCGAGCAAGCAGGUGCAGCGCACGGACGGCGACCCGCUGCUCUUCGACGUCAUGUACCACGGCUCCCACACGUGCGCCCAGGCGCAGGGCGCCGGCGCGCACCCCUCCGGCAACCAGGGGGCGCGCCCCGCAGCAGCGAGCGGGGAGCACUCCCAGGCCCGGGCGCAGCCUACCGCCGCCGCGGAGCAGACGGCCUCCCCGUCCCCGGGGUUAGAAGCAGCGGGGCCCGUGCUGCCGUUCUCGCUCCCCUCCAACGUGCCGGCGAGGGGCGCCGACGACGCCGGCGGCGUCGGCGUCCGUGUCACCGCGUCCCCUUUCGUGUCCCCGGCGACGCCGGAGAGCCUGGUCCGGGACGCGCCUCAUCACGACGUGGAGCUCGCCUCCACCAGCAACUCUCCUAUGGGCAUGGCGGAGAUGGACUUCAUGUUCCCGCUGGACGCCACCGAUUUCUUGGAGAACCCGGCCAGCUACUUCUAAGCGCGCGAAUACGACGUGCCUCUAGCACCGCACGACACACCAAUAGGUAAAGCCGCAAGGCGAAACGAACAAGCCUCCUAUAUGAUCCCGCCGUAUAAUCUUCCCUGUCCAUCCACUCGCAAGUCUGUAACGGUAGCCAGAGAUCGCACGAACAAACAUGAUCAAAGCCACGAGCAGAUCGCACAUGUACCCUGACGGACCCGAUAACUGAAUAUAUAAAAAUGUUCUUUUUGGAUAA